AUGAAACUCAGCAGCAUUCCUAGAUUUUCCAGUACCAGCACCAGCAAGGAAAAAAUAGGUCGUAUUCCUCCAGACUGCAACUCUCCAAACUCAUUAUUCAUUGAUCGUAAAGCCAAUCGCAUUUCUGACAAAACCAUCCUCGAAGUUUUUGCCAAAGAUCUCCUGGGCACUGCCUUCUUCCCAUCUGAACAGUUUGUUCAACUCACUUUCAAGGACUUGGAAACCUAUGAAAAAUACUUACACAACCUCUCUUUCACUGUUAAGGACAAAACUUACCACCUUUCUCCUCCUAAGCAUAUCCCUAGAUCAUCUCUCACUAUUCACCUGCAUGGUCUUCCAAUCCUUCCCAAACCAACUAUCAGCAAAGCCAUCUAUGAUGCUCUUUCUGAGUAUUGUAAUGUCCAAGAUGUUGCACCAGUUCUCAUUAAAGGAACAGAACUUAUCACUCCAAAAUGGGAUGCUGUUGUUACUCCAAUCUCUCACAAACAGAUUCCUGUUCACUUGAAUAUCCUUGAUUCAUCUAUUGCCCUUACUUGGAUCAAUUCAUCCAAAAUUUGCCUCU